AUGCCCACCGCGUCUGGGGCAGCGACGCGAGCGAGGACGCCGGCUGCAAAUAGUAAAAAGGCUGCGUGGCCAUCUACUGCGACAACCACGACCGAGGCUUCAGCUUCGGAUUCAGCCUCUGCUUCCGCUUCAUCAUACUUCGCCGCCGCUGCCACCACCGCCAACGCGGUUGCUGUGGAACCAGAAUCGGCACGCUCACGCAAAGUCUCGGAAAGUAGCAUCGGCCCUGCCGCGCUGGGGCAGGCAUACAAAUACAGCAUCGGCCCCGCAUCCGUAGCACGCUUCCCAAGCAGGCAAUCGAGUGUCAUCUUUCUCGAUGCGAGCGAACGGGUUGGCGAGCCGGGGGACAGUCGGGCAUAUGCCACAUCAUCGAGCAAAGUUGCAGAAAAUACAUGGCCACCUCCCCACAUGGUUGCAACAUCGCGUCAACAAAUCAGCCGCCGAAGCAGCUACAUUAUGCCAAUCCUGACGCCGACCAAAAGCAAGUCGCGGAAUAGAGGCGAGCCGCGAUCAAGCAGCCGCACCGCAUCCCCGAGCACAGUGUCUACAAAGCGGCGAGGAAGCAGAGCAAGUCCACAGCUUGUUGCGAACCUCGAAUUUGCAAUGGCGGCGAACGAACCUCCGCGGCCUAUUGCUCACGCAGACUCAGAUUAUGGCGUACCAAUCGAGCCAUCGAAGUGCCAGCGAUCCAAGUUCUUCACUUCCUUUCCCUUCCCACACCCCGCCUCGACGUCUGCGCAGGCCCCCAGCUCACAUUACGGCGGACCGGGGCAAACUGAGGACGGCACAUGUGCUUUUUUUGACUACGCGACGGCGCGCUCGGCGCCUCUGCGCGCCGUCUCUGCACUUGUCAGCGGGCCGCGAUGGCUUGUCCAGCGCUGGAAUCAAGCGAGGAGGGAGGAAGCGGAGGAGGAAGCGAAUGUCGCGGAGGCCAGUGGGAUCAUGGAACGACAGGCGUUGCUGGCGAAGUCAAGGAAAGAGGGUAGCAGUGUAGUUGUAGGUGUGGGUGCGACACGAGCUGCUAGUGGGCAAUACGGCGCAAUCACAGGAGUGGACAGCGACGCUCAAGGCUCGCGACGGACUCGAGCACGCGAUAAGCGGCUGCGAGCCAGCUCGCGCACCAGUGCCGACUCUGCCGACUCGCUGGACCCGUACGGCUACCGCGCGCUCGCGGGGCCCACGCUGCUGCCGCAGCACGCACAGCAGGUCGAGGAGCGCAGGCAGCAGCGACAGCGGUGGUGGGAGGAACAAGGCGCCUUCCAGAGGUGGAUCUUGGUCGCUUGUGCAGCCUCGGUUGUCCUGCUCAUCUUGCUUGCACUGUGGUUUGCGCAUUCGUGCGGCUGGCUGGAGUGGAGGACUGGGGACGAUGAUGAAGCUGUGGAGUAG